AUGGAUGGAGUGCUUGGAGAAAGGUCACGCUUCCUGCAGAAAUGGAGACCCAAGAACGAUUUCGAACGAUGGCUUGAAGAAAAAUCUCAAAGUGAUCAACCCAUACAAAAUACAGAACAUCAGCCACCGAUUACGGGUAUUGAUAAGCAAAACCCCGUAUUUCACCGUGUCAUCGACAACACUCCGCGUAAAAACCUUCAUGAUGCACAUUCGACACGCCCAGAUGCCACAUAUCUACAGGUGGAUAGGUCCCAUGGCGAGAUUCUACGCUCGAUGAAAGGUGCUACCACCGAGGUUCUUCAUUUCCCGUACCAACUGGCACUCCUGCUCGUGGUAAUUGCUUCUAUACAGAUUGUAAAGUGCCUUAGAAAGAAACGCCAUAGACUAAGUGGCUCUUCAACAUCCAGAUACCGAUAG